ACCUUCGUUUUUGUAUAAAACUACGUUAAUGAAUGUAAAUUCAUUAAAUUUUAACGUGAAGAAUCUAAACUGAACGUUUAUUGGAAUUUGGUUUAAAGAUUAAUAUUCCUUGCGUAAAAUUUCGGAUACGGUAACUCUCCCACGGCGUAUGCGCGUCACGUUCAUGGGUUUCGUGAAGUAGAAAAUUGUAUCAACGUGUCAACCGAUGAUUUCGUUGCAAGGUCAUGGACAUUGUUAAUUGUUACUUCUCCCUACAAUUUACCUAUUUACAUUGCGUACGAGGUAAUUCACGCGAUAAUUUGCGCGUUGUUCUCGUUUAAAGUGCUCUUAUUGUGGUGUUGCGAAGUAAAAAGAAACAAAAAGAGAAUCUAUUAGGUUAUGUUUCGUCAUUCUCCAUAUCUGAAUUCUCCAUAUCGAAGCGAUAGCGACAGAGUCAUCUAAUUACGCCUAACUAGGUGCACCUAAGCGAAAUGCCGUCAGUGACGGAAAUAUCACUGCGUUGCCUUAACGGAGCUCAUUAAUAUCGCAGUCAAGUUUUGGAUUUCAUCAUGUCAGAAUCAGAACUAGAACCAUCUUCGGAAACACAACACACUUAUAUGUCACCUGAGCCACAUGAAUUUGUUGUACCGACAAAACGUGUCAAGACACCAAAUGAUUUAACAUUGUGGAAAAGAUCAGAAGCGUACUAUGAAUACAUGGGAUUUAUCUUAGCAUUGAACCAAGCUGUUCAGGGAAGUGCUUUAGAUUCAGAAUGUUCACAGUCUUCUGCAGUGGACAGUAUUGUGCAGAUGUUGAACAAAUUUGACGAAUGGAUAGCAGAAAUCCCACCUACUGAACAGCCCCAACGAUUUGGCAACAAAUCGUUUCGCACAUGGCAUGAACGAUUACAGCAGAACGCUUUGGAGGAAUUAAAACAAGUUUUGCCAGAGGAUUUGCAUCGUGCAAUCCCAGAGAUAGUGCAGUAUUUAUAUGAAAGCUUUGGUAAUCCAACACGCAUUGAUUAUGGAACAGGCCAUGAAAUGGCUUUUAUUAUGUUUCUCUGCUGCUUGUUCAAGAUAAACGUAUUUGAACAUGAAGAUAGGAUUGCUGUUGUGAUAAAAGUAUUUAAUAGAUACCUCGAAUUAGUGCGCAAACUUCAAUUGACAUACCGUAUGGAACCAGCAGGUAGUCACGGUGUUUGGAGUUUGGACGAUUAUCAAUUUGUUCCUUUUAUAUGGGGAAGUGCUCAACUCAUUGGACAUCCACGAAUAGAACCACGUCAUUUUGUGGACCCAGGUAUCGUGGAAUCUUUCAGCAAGAAAUACAUGUUUCUUGGCUGUAUCGACUUUAUUUCGAAGGUGAAAAUAGGACCUUUUGCUGAACAUUCGAAUCAAUUAUGGAACGUCAGCGCAGUAUCUUCAUGGUCAAAAGUGAAUAGUGGUCUCAUUAAGAUGUACCAAGCGGAGGUAUUGUCAAAGUUUCCUGUUAUCCAACAUGUUUUCUUUGGUUCUCUAUUUCCGUUAACAGAAAUGAUACCGCAAUGCUCCAGUCCGAUUAAGGUUCCAAAUUACAGAGGAGUACCUGUUCCUAACAAUCCACCUCCACCGGCAAGGCCGCAAUGAGAAUAACAAGCAUAAUAAAUAUUACUAUAAACUAUUUUACCGCUUUCCAGUAUAAUAAUAAGAUUGUACAUUAUUAUUGUCCCGUUUCUUUCUUCCUGUAAAUGCUUUCAUUAAUUUUGAACGCAUUUCUCCAGCUCAAAAAUUGGUUAUUCCAAAAAACAGAGUAUAUAAAUUAGUGAACGAUGAAUAUAGAAAUUGUUAUCUAAUGAUGUGAUGCAAAUUUGUUCAAAAAAUAUUUAGAUAUAUGAUCACAAAAUGGCGGGUUAUUUAUAAUUCUGUGUAAACAUUAAUUUGCUUUCAAUAAAAAUAAUAGAUU